ACACAUUGUCCACUUAAAAACGCUUCUCUUCUUCAACUCUCUCAUCAUAGGCAUACCUCGCGAAGUUGUCUUCUGCAUAUUUCUGUGUCUAUCUAUCUAUAUCUAUAUAUAUGUAUAAACUCUUCUUGGUCUUUCAUUUCUUGAGCUACAAGUCUUCUUGAACUUUAUGUUUUAGUUCAUCAAAACUUUGUUCAUCUAUUAUCAUAUAGUAUCAUAGCAAUCAUUUUUUCUGUUUUAGUAAUAUACAAAAACAGCCAAAAAUUAGCUAAUUAAGCUAAAGCAAAGCUCUUUCUUUGUAAAUUAAAAAAACAAAAAUUAAGCUAAAGAUUUAAACUCUUCUAUAUAUAUGUAUAAACUGUUCUUGGUCUCACAUUUCUUGAUCUGCAAGUCUUCUUGAACUUUAUGUUUUAGCUCAUCAAAACUUUGUUCAUCUAUUAUCGUAUAGUAUUAUACCAAUCAUUUUUUCUUUUUUAGCAAUAUACAAAGACAGCCAAAAAUUAGCUAAUUAAGCUAAACUUUUGCGUAUCGAAUGGACGUCGUAAAAGCGAAAUGGAAGAAGAAUUUGUUCUGCAAGGCAUGGGAGAGGUGUCUUUCACUUGGAAAUGGAGGCUCAUCAUCAUCAUCAAGCUCUUUGAUGAAUUUAUUGAGAAGAUGCAGAACAACACCAUCAGAGAGGAAACAGAAGCGAAAAGUGGCUCCGAGAGGUUGUUUUUCAGUAUAUGUUGGGGAGCUGAAACAGAGAUUUGUGGUUAAGGCAGAGUUGGCUAACCAUCCUUUGUUCAAGAUGCUUUUAGAGGAUGCUGAAAUGGAAUAUGGGUUUAAUAGUGAAGGUCCUAUAUUGCUUGACUGUGAUGUUGAUUUGUUCUAUAAGGUACUUGCAGAGAUGGAGAGCGGUGAUGAAGAUUUUGCAGCAAGUCCUAAUUGUAGCUCAGUUCUUCUUAGUCCAUGUCGUUCAAACUAUAGCAGAAUUAGUAAUGGUUAUGGAAAUUAUACGGCUUUCAAUCACAUUUGAGAGUUUAUUAGAUCUUUAAUUUGUUUAUAGUGUUUUUUUAUUUUUUAUUUUUAUUUAUUUAUUUAUUAUUUUUUCUAUAGUUUGUAAUCUUAGCUUGUAAAUAGAAAUUGAUAAAAAAAAAAAGACUUAAU